UCCCCGGCGGCCGGCGUCGGGUGCACUCGGCCUCGCGGGCGGCCCUCCCGCCCCUGGUGCCGGAUCGCUGCUCGCUCACUCCGCCGCCCUCGCCGCCGUCGCUGCAGCUGCCGCCGCCUCCUCCUGCGCCGCGUCUCAGUCCUCGGACUCGGAGGCCGUAAAGAUGGCAGAAGCUCACCAAGCCGUGGCUUUCCAGUUCACAGUUACCCCGGACGGGAUCGACCUGCGGCUGAGCCACGAGGCCCUCAAGCAGAUCUACCUGUCUGGACUUCAUUCCUGGAAAAAGAAGUUUAUCAGAUUCAAGAAUGGCAUCAUCACUGGCGUGUACCCGGCGAGUCCCUCCAGUUGGCUCAUCGUGGUGGUGGGCGUGAUGUCAACAAUGUACGCCAAAAUCGACCCCUCGCUGGGAAUAAUUGCAAAAAUCAACCGGACCCUCGACACGACUGGCUACAUGUCCAGCCAGACAAAGAACGUGGUCAGCGGCGUCCUCUUCGGCACGGGCCUGUGGGUGGCCCUUAUCGUCACGAUGCGCUACUCCCUGAAGUUGCUGCUGUCCUACCACGGCUGGAUGUUUGCCAAGCACGGCAAAUUGAGCCGCGCCACCAAAGUCUGGAUGGGUAUGGUCAAGGUCUUUUCAGGCCGAAAACCCAUGUUGUACAGCUUCCAGACAUCUCUGCCGCGUCUGCCGGUCCCAGCCGUGAAAGACACCGUGAACAGGUACCUGGAAUCGGUGAGACCUCUUAUGAAGGAAGCUGACUUUAAGCGGAUGACGGCUCUGGCGGAAGAUUUUGCUGUCACCCUUGGGCCAAAGUUACAGUGGUAUUUGAAGUUAAAGUCUUGGUGGGCUACAAAUUAUGUGAGCGAUUGGUGGGAGGAAUACAUCUACCUGCGAGGACGCGGGCCGCUGAUGGUGAAUAGCAACUACUACGCCAUGGACUUGCUCUAUGUCCUGCCGACUCACAUACAGGCAGCAAGAGCAGGCAACGCAAUCCACGCCAUCCUGCUGUAUAGACGCAAACUGGACCGGGAGGAAAUCAAACCAAUUCUUCUUUUGGGAUCCACAGUCCCGCUCUGCUCUGCUCAGUGGGAGCGAAUGUUCAACACAUCUCGGAUCCCAGGAGAGGAAACCGACACCAUCCAGCACAUAAGGGACAGCAAGCACAUCGUCGUGUUCCAUAGAGGGCGCUACUUCAAGGUCUGGCUGUACCACGACGGCCGGCUGCUGAAGCCCCGAGAGAUUGAGCAGCAGAUGCAGAGGAUCUUGGACGACCCCUCAGAGCCUCAGGCCGGGGAGGAGAAGCUGGCGGCCCUCACUGCGGGAGAAAGAGUGCCCUGGGCCAAGUGUCGCCAGGCCUAUUUUGGACGUGGGAAAAAUAAGCAGUCUCUCGAUGCCGUGGAAAAGGCAGCAUUCUUCGUGACAUUAGAUGAAACGGAACAGGGAUAUAAAAAGGAGGACCCGGAUACAUCAAUGGAUAGCUAUGCCAAGUCUCUACUGCAUGGCCGGUGUUUUGACAGGUGGUUUGACAAGUCAUUCACAUUUAUCGUCUUCAAAAACGGGAAAAUGGGUCUGAAUGCUGAGCACUCCUGGGCGGAUGCACCCAUCGUUGGCCACCUUUGGGAGUAUGUCAUGGCCACUGACAGCUUUCAGCUGGGUUAUUUGGAGGAUGGACACUGUAAAGGUGACACCAACCCGAACAUUCCGUACCCCACUCGGCUCCAGUGGGACAUCCCAGAGGAAUGUCAAGAGAUAAUAGAGACUUCCCUGAACAGCGCAAACCUUCUGGCCAAUGACGUGGACUUCCAUUCUUUUGCAUUCGACACUUUUGGUAAAGGGCUGAUCAAGAAAUGCCGGACGAGCCCAGAUGCUUUUGUGCAGCUUGCCCUCCAGCUGGCUCAUUACCAGGACAUGGGCAAGUUUUGCCUCACGUACGAGGCCUCCAUGACCCGGCUGUACCGAGAGGGGCGGACGGAGACAGUGCGCUCGUGUACCACGGAGUCCUGCAACUUCGUGCUCGCCAUGUCGGACCCCACCCAGACGGUUGAACAGAGGCUCAAAUUAUUCAGGAUCGCAUCCGACAAGCACCAGCACCUGUACCGUCUCGCGAUGACCGGCUCUGGGAUCGACCGCCAUCUCUUCUGCCUUUACGUGGUGUCCAAGUAUCUGGCUGUCGAGUCCCCUUUCCUGAAGGAAGUCUUAUCUGAGCCUUGGAGAUUAUCAACCAGCCAGACCCCGCAGCAGCAGGUGGAGUUGUUUGAUUUGCAGAGAAAUCCGGAGUACGUGUCCAGUGGAGGGGGCUUUGGACCGGUUGCCGACGAUGGUUACGGUGUGUCGUACAUUCUGGUGGGAGAGAACCUCAUCAGUUUCCACAUAUCUUCCAAGUUCUCCAGCCCUGAGACAGAUUCUCAUCGCUUCGGGAAGCACCUGAAACAGGCAAUGACUGACAUCAUCACUCUGUUCAGCGUCAGCUCCAAUUCCAAAAAGUGAUCCCCGCGAGAGCUGCCGUGAGGGAACAUGAGCUCUUCUGACAAAAACCAAAUGAAAAAUAGCUGUUAGUCCUGAUUAUAGUUCAGGAUGAAAAAUUGCUCUAAAAAUCUCAGACGUUUUCCUGCCAUCGAGGGUGUGGUAUUUUUUUUUUUUUUUCCCUAGAA